UUCAGUCCUAACCGUCGUCUCUCCGUUUCCCAACCGUAGAACAUACCACCCCUCGCCCUUCAAAGCAGAGUGAGCAUGAUGCUGGAUCUGAGUCCGUUCUCGAGCGACAACUUCGACCCGAAGAAAUGGAUAAACGCGGCGACUCAGAGCCGGCACUCGCAGGACACGGUGGACGAGCACCUGGCGGAGCUGGAGUCAAAGCUCCAGAUGGUCUCCGAAGAGAUCGCCGCCUCGCUCGAGGAGCAGGGUGCCGCUGCUCUCCUCCGCGUUCCGCGUGCCACCCGCGACGUCCUCCGCCUCCGCGAAGACGCUGUCUCCCUCCGCUCUGGCGUCUCCGCAAUCCUCCAGAAGCUCAAGAAGGCAGAGGGAUCCUCAGCAGAAUCGAUUGCUGCCCUUGCUAAAGUCGAUACCGUCAAACAAAGAAUGGAAGCUGCGUAUGAGACUUUGCAGGAUGCUGCUGGGUUAACUCAAUUAAGUGCAACUGUGGAGGAUGUCUUUGCCAGUGGUGAUCUUCCUCGGGCUGCUGAAACCUUGGCCAAUAUGAGGCAUUGCUUGUCUGCUGUUGGGGAGGUUGCUGAAUUUGCUAAUGUGAGGAAGCAACUUGAGGUCUUAGAGGAUAGAUUAGACGCAAUGGUACAGCCUCGUCUAACAGAUGCAUUAUCUAACCGCAAGGUUGAUGUUGCUCAAGAUUUGCGAGGAAUCCUUAUUCGAAUUGGAAGAUUCAAGUCUUUAGAGCUACAUUAUUCAAAAGUUCACCUAAAGUCCAUAAAGCAGCUCUGGGAAGAUUUUGACUCAAAACAGCGAGCUAAUAAGCUUGCCACCGAGAGAAAUGAGACGGAAAGGCUAUCAAGUAGUAAUGAGUUUCAAUCAAAUUCACCUUCAAUUUCAUUCUCCAGUUGGUUGCCAAGUUUCUAUGAUGAAUUGCUACUUUAUCUUGAACAAGAAUGGAAGUGGUGUCUGGUUGCUUUUCCAGAUGAUUAUAAAAGUCUUGUCCCAAAGCUAUUAAUUGAGACAAUGGCCGCUGUGGGAUCAAGUUUUGUUUCUUGUAUCAACCUUGCUGCUGGAGAUGUUGUUCCGGAAACAAAAGCACUAGCUAAAGGUAUUUUGGAUAUUCUAUCUGGAGAUAUGCCAAAGGGUAUCAAGAUUCAGACUAAGCAUCUGGAGGCCCUCAUUGAAUUACACAAUAUGACGGGGACCUUUGCUAGGAAUAUUCAGCACUUGUUUUCAGAAUCUGAUCUCCGGGUUUUGAUGGAUACCCUGAAGGCAGUGUAUUUUCCCUAUGAAUCAUUUAAAAAGAGUUAUGGACAGAUGGAACGCGCUAUCCUCUCCUCUGAGAUCGCUGGGGUGGAUCUGAGGGGAGCAGUUACUCGUGGAGUGGGAGCCCAGGGAAUUGAACUCAGCGAAACAGUUCGCAGAAUGGAGGAAUCUAUUCCUCAAGUUAUUGUACUUCUUGAAGCAACUGUUGAGAGGUGCAUCAGUUUUACCGGUGGUUCUGAGGCUGAUGAGCUAAUUCUUGCGCUUGAUGACAUAAUGUUGCAGUACAUUUCUACCCUGCAAGAAACACUCAAAUCGUUAAGAGUCGUCUGUGGAGUGGAUCAUGUGGCUGAUGGUGUUGGUUCAAAGAAGGAGACAGGAUCAGAUAAAAAGGACAGCCAAAGUGCACGCAAAGUUGACGUGAUCUCCAAUGAGGAGGAGUGGUCCAUUGUCCAAGGGGCUUUGCAAAUCCUCACAGUUGCAGAUUGUUUGACAAGCAGGUCAUCUGUGUUUGAAGCUACAUUGAGAGCUACUCUUGCUAGGUUGAGCACAAGUUUGUCUAUUUCAGUAUUUGGUUCAAGUCUGGACCAAAACCAGUCACACGUCAGUGAUGAGGGAACUUUGGAAUCGUCUUUGGGUGGAAGGGCUGCCUUGGAUGUGGCAGCUUUACGGCUCGUUGAUGUUCCUGAGAAGGCUAGGAAACUCUUUAAUCUUUUAAAUCAGUCUAAAGAUCCCCGGUUCCAUGCACUUCCACUUGCAUCUCAGAGAGUUGCAGCAUUUGCUGACGCAGUGAAUGAACUUGUAUAUGAUGUCCUCAUAUCUAAAGUACGGCAACAUCUCAGUGAUGUAUCUCGUUUGCCAGUAUGGUCCUCCAUUGAGGAGCAAAGUGCUUUUCCUCUUCCAACCUUCAGUGUAUACCCCCAGUCCUAUGUGACCAGUGUUGGUGAAUACCUGUUAACGCUGCCGCAGCAAUUGGAGCCACUUGCUGAGGGCAUCUCCAACAAUGAUGCCAACAAUGAUGAGGCACAGUUCUUUGCCACAGAAUGGAUGUUCAAGGUUGCAGAGGGUGCAACUGCACUCUACAUAGAACAAUUGCGGGGGAUUCAGUACAUAUCAGAUCGCGGAGCCCAACAGCUAUCAGCUGACAUUCAAUAUCAUAGUAAUGUGCUCUCGGCUCUGUCAAUGGAAAAUCCUCCAGUCCUUGCAACAUUCGACACUUGCCUCUCUACCCCAAGAGAUCAGCUGAAAGAUCUUCUGAAAUCGGAUUCAGGAAACCUGCUUGAUCUUCCAACAGCAAACCUUGUAUGUAAGAUGCGGCGUGUAAGUUUAGAUUAGUGAAAUUUCCUCUUGCGAAAAAUUUUCGACAUAGUGCUGGGGUUGCUGUUAUUUUGGCCUUUGUCCUCUCUUAUUGCGUUUGAAAUGAUAAAGCUAUGGAUAAAAUGUAUUACCAUAAUGUUUUUUAUACGUAAGAGAUUUGUUCUAUCGAGAAGUACAUGUAUAUCUUUUAGUCAAAAAUUUUUGAGAA